CAGAAAAAGCAUGCGGCGUUAACUGGCUCAUAAAACGACAACUUUUAUGGACGUCGUCGCGGUGGGUCACCGGGCUUUUUUUUCUUCUUUAUACACCAACAGGGUCGCGGAGAGCGUGUUGAGGUGGCCUAACGUCAAGUCAUGCUUUUAAGGGACAAAUAAGACCCGACGACUCAAUUUCUCACCUUUCCCAUCACUCGGCGCACAUCUGCGUGUGAGGGACGCACAAAACCCCAUUGUCCGCACGCGCGGAACUGUGCACAACAGUUUGUCGGCAAAGGCGUGACCGAAAGCACGGCUAAACAUGCGCGACCCCCACCCCCACCUGAUUGACAGGGACGGCGUCUUCGUUUCCACGACAACCGCCGCUCUGGCGCCACGAGUUCAAUGGCGGAAUGCAUGCCGCGCAUGCCUCCUCAACAGGUUGCUGCUUUCCUUUGAAGUGGGGGAAUCAGACUGGCGCCACUGCCAAUAAAAGACUGUUUCGCGCCCGUACGAGCUAUUUGGUGCGGCAUCUUCUUUGUUGUGGAGACCCGAGAAAAAUGAUAGCAAGAAGAAGAAGAAGAAAAAAAAAAACUCUGUUCUCUCAUUUGUUUGGGUUUGGGACAAACCUACGGGGUGGUAGUGUUACCGUUGCCGAGAAACUCGGCGCCAGUCUGCUGCAUUGGUGACGGGGUUUUUUGUGUGGAAGGAAUAAAUGAGAUAAUAGAGGGGGUGGACGUGUAAUGUGAAUGCGGAAGAUUAGUCUUAAAGUUGGUAUUCGAUCCUUUCAAGGUGUUGUGCGAAAGUGAUUCUCACUGGAGUAAGGUCAUCAUUGGCGCCGGGGGUAUAAGUAUCACGCUGCGUAGCUGGAUCUUUGGAUGAUGUGGGUAGCUAUCUUCAUUUUCUACGAUCUUCGACACGGAUAUCAUACAGUCUUCGUCACCUGAUGUAUCAGUCACGGCUGCAGUAGAAACUUUCUGGAUGCUGCCUUUAUAUAGUGUAUCAUUUUUUCACUUGUUCAUCCGUUAUGCUGUCAGCACAUCACCAUUAACCUCCACUAGCUUUUCAAGGUCUGUACCAUUGGCAGCCCUUGAAUGGUGCAAGCGGAAUGAGUAGAGAACUCCACCAGGUGUGGCGCAAUAAAUCCUAAUAUUUUUAACUCCAAUCCAAUCCAAUCCAAUUUGUCUUCGACAUAUUCCACCAUUUGUUUCAACGGAUCCCCGGAUUUUCUUGGAUGCUUUUGCAGAUCGCUGCAGUGCAGUUCUUAUUUUCGAACGGGACUCCCUUUGAAUCAAAUUUAAAUUGUGGGAGGGUGGCGAGCACAUACGGGGAAACUUUGCUGAAGCCAAACGUAGCAGUACUACUUUUUGCACCCCCCCCUCCCCUGCAAGAUAUCACCUCCAGUAUGAUGUCGCAAAAAGUCGUGUAUUUCUGGAGCCAUAUUUCUCCUAAUCUGCAACGCAGCAUUACCAGCGCACGUAUUCAGCUCCAAGGUCUUCUUGUAUAUCUCUAACUAGAAGUGAAAGCCAGAUGAAAUCUCAUACUGACACUUGCAAGAUGCAAACAACGCUGGAUCGUAUCAUAAACUUUCACGCAGCUUGGAAUAUCACGGCGUUGACAACGUGUAACCGACACCGCUUUGGUCAAGAAAGACGGAGAAAACAAAUUUGGCUGGGCGGUUUAACUUCGGAUUUGCUGCCUGGUUUCUAUCACAAAGUGCGCAGUCUAGCAACAUUCGAAAUCAUGCUCCUCGCCCCCUUCUCAUCCCUCAAGGGGUUUGAAAGCGGACUUAAGCUCAUCAUCAUCUUCUGGCCGUUCUUUAUCAGACGGAGGCUGAUGAUAACGCGGAGCGGUUAUCGCUGCCUUCUCGGUUUCUGUUGAACUUUCCCACGGCUCCUUGCACUUGUAAAGACAAGUAGACGACAAAUGACAAAUCAGGGAUCGCGUCAUGCUGGUCACGUGCCUUCGAGCACGGAAAGUAGUAAUGUAUGGGUGCACAGUAUUUGUAAACGUUCAGUACUUUGUCCGUUUAUGUUUAUUGGUAGCGUGUAAAGCAGUGGUGGGCAAUCCGAGGCAUAUGAUGUGGGAUGGGAGAGAGUAAAAAGCCGGAAGACUUGACUUCGCGUACACUACUAACCAUGUGGAAUACCGUGCGGCACAGCCACAAGAUACUCCGUAGCAGACGACAGGAAAAGAUGCUCAGGGUGUCGUCUGCCAAGUGUCGUCUGCUAAGCGCGCAGUACGUCACUCCCGAUAUUCCUGCGCCGCGCGAAUGCUCAACAUAACACGGGACAGAACUUCGGCUUCGAUACCACAACGGGAUCCCAACAAAUGGCAAAAAUACAGGUCCAAUGCCUGCAUGCCGUUAUGUGCUUGCUCCACUAGCACUGGGCUCCUGCAGCUCGCAAAGGAAAAAACAAAUGGAAAGAGAGAAACCACUGCGCACGAUGGCACAUCACCAAAACAUGAUACCAACCACCGCUGGAUCAUCGAGCAAAAAGCAGCGAGCAUUACCACACUUCCACCACCUGUGUCACACAUGACACCCCGUCGAGAAUUCGCCGUCCCAGUAUGGCACUGCGCAUACGCACGCAAGCAACCUGAGCUCCGUACGUGUCCCGUGGACCGGAAAACUGGCGCCGAGGUACAACUCGAUCCGCCGGCGCGACCUGUAGACGCAGCUAUGGUUUCAAUAGACCGCUCGACAACAAGGAAGGCGAACGAAGAACAAGUUCAAGGGAAGAAAGGCCCGCAAAGGAAAAAAAAAAAAAAGUCAAGAGGCAAGUAA